AUGAAGAACCAGAACACAGCUUCAGACCAUUCUCCCAAACCUCGAAGAUUGAAAUCUCGCGAAGUGAGCUCUCGAUUUCUUUCUCCACCUUCAACUGCUUCCACCGAACCAGGAAUUCCAUCUCCAAAUCAGGUAACACUCUCGCCUCUCCGACUAACGACUGGAUCAGCCGCCGAUGUUCGGAAACAUCGAAACGUGGACGAAACAGCACUGAUCCGAGGGCUUUGGUCUUCCUCGAAUACUUCUCAAUCUUUGGGUAAAAAAUCGAGUACUCUAGCCGAUCAUCUUGGGAACGAGAGACUAAAGAAUCUCAUAGAGGGAAGGAACAGUGACGGAUCCUCUGCAAAUAACAACUCUCUGCAUCUCGCCAAACAACGGAGUUGCUCCGAAAUCAGCAGGUUCGAGAACGAAAAUAUGAACUCGAAAGAGAAUCAUCACCCCAUCACUGGGGGGCCAAUGAGAUGCACUGGAAGGUCGAGAUGUACGGGAAAGACUUGUUCUAAUGCUUCAUCUUCUAAUUCAUCUUUAGUUCCUGGAAGAUUGUCCAUAGAUGAAAAUGCUCUUGACCGGAGAUCUCGACGAUCAUCGAACUCUUUUAUCGACGUUCUUGACUCGGAAUCAGAAUGCAGUGAAGCCUUUUCUAGCACUGAUUUCGGUUCUCCCACCACGGGCAGAAAAUCAUCCUUAUCUUCGUCAAACUCGUCCUACCUUUCAUCAACAGCUAGCUCUAAGAGAUCCGGCAUGAAGGUAUCUUCAAGGUAUCUACACAAUUCAUCAACAAGACAACAGCAAGGAACUACCAAUUCAAACAUUUCGAAACAAUUACCAAAAGCUGCAAUGAUCAGGAGAGCAAAUUCACUAAAUUCACAUGAAACAUCAACAUGGCAAUGGGCGUUCUCACCAGGUCGAUCACUUAUGGAGACUAAGGGGAAGGCGUCGUCAUCUUCAAGCCCGAAGCCGCUAGAUAACUCUUUCAAAACAAACCGGGUUAAUAGUUUCUUCAAUUUGUUUAAGAGCAAAAGAUCUACUCCAUCUUGUUCUUCAUCCAUCGGACCAUCGGGGAUCACCGAAACUGCUCAUCAGUUUCGUCUGCUGCACAAUAGGUUGAUUCAGUGGAGAUACGUGAACGCCAAGACUGAUGCUAUGAAUCGAAAGAGGACUAGUCAAGCAGAGAGAAAUUUGUCAAAUGUAUACAGUAGUCUGUCCAAGUUGCAAUUUUCAGUGGCUCAAAAGCGUAUUGAACUCCAAAAAGAGAAGCUUGAACUGAAGUUGAAUGAAAUACUCAGUUCUCAAAUUAAGCUACUAGAAGCUUGGGGAGAGUUGGAAAGCCAUUAUCUCUUGGCGUUUUCCAUGACUAAAGAUUGCUUACAUUCAGUUCUUUGUAGGGUUCCCCUUGUAGAAGGCGCAAAGGUGGACUUGGGAUCGACAUCACUUGAAAUUGGGCAUGCAACAGAUCUUGCACUUUCGACUCAGACAAUGUUAACUAAUUAUUCACCUAUGGCACAGGAGACAGCUUCACUGCUCUCAGAUCUAGCAAAAGUGGUUUCUGGAGAGAAGGCGUUAUUGGUGGAAUGCUUUGAAUUACUAGAAGCAGUUUCUGAGCUAGAGAUACAGGAGAGGUACCUAAGGUGUAACAGUGUGCAACUGCGAUCAUUGCAACGACAAGAACAUAACCAGCAACUACAACAAGAUAUUGUUAUAUAA